GCCUAUGGCAUUGUAUGGAAAGCAACCGACCGCCAGACAGGAGAAACAGUUGCUGUUAAAAAGAUUUUUGAUGCUUUCAGGAACAGAACAGAUGCUCAGAGGACGUUUCGAGAGAUUAUGUUCCUGCAGGAAUUUGGAGAACAUCCUAAUAUCAUCAAGCUACUUGAUGUUAUCCCAGCAGAGAAUGACAAGGACAUCUACCUCAUCUUCGAAUCCAUGGAGACUGAUUUACAUGCUGUGAUUAAGAAGGGGAAUUUGCUGAAAGACAUCCACAAGUGUUACAUUCUCUACCAGCUCCUGAAGGCAACUAAAUUCAUCCACUCAGGGAAUGUUAUUCACAGGGAUCAGAAGCCCUCCAACGUGCUGCUGGAUGCGCAGUGCCGGGUGAAGCUCUGUGACUUCGGGCUGGCGCGCUCGCUGUGCCAGCGGGGGGAGCCCCGGCCCGGCCCCGCGCUCACCGAGUACGUGGCCACGCGCUGGUACCGAGCGCCCGAGAUCCUGCUGGCCUCCCGCCGUUACACUAAGGGUGUGGACAUGUGGAGCAUUGGCUGUAUUCUUGGAGAGAUGCUGCUUGGAAAGCCUCUUUUUCCUGGAACAUCAACAAUGAACCAGAUAGAGCAGAUCCUGAGGGUCAUCCCUUCCCCGUCCCCAGAAGAUAUUUUGGCUCUGCAGUCGGAGUACAAGGCCUCAGUUAUUAAGCACAUGAGUUCCAGGCAGCGAGUGGCAUUUGAGGAGAUUUUCCCACCCUCCACUCCACUGCCUGCCUUGGAUCUGCUGAAGAAACUUCUGGUCUUUAACCCUGACAAAAGGCUCACAGCAGAGGAGGCUCUGCAGCAUCCUUACGUGAGCAGAUUCCACUGUCCUUCCAGGGAACCCUCUUUGGAUUUUGAUGUGAUCCUUCCUUUGGGUGAUGAUGUCCAGCUGUCUGUGGCAGAAUAUAGAAAUAAAUUAUAUGAGAUGAUCCUUGAAAAGAAGCAAAAGAACCUUCCAAAGGAGCCAGGGCAGAGAGAAAACAUUCAGCUGAGCCAGUCUGAGUGCAGCACAGCUCAGCCAGGUGUCAGCUCAGAGGCUGCACCCACCAGGAAAGGGCAGCAAGAGCCAGCACCCCCUGUGCCAAACCAUCCACAUGUGCCCCCUGCAGCUACAGCUGGGGCCCAGCCUGCAGGGCCCAGCCAAAGAAAGGACUUGGGGCAGAGACCCCAGAUGAGUGUGAUGAUGUACAACCCCAUCACACACACCACUGUGCAGAGAAAUGCAAAUCCUGGUGCUGGGAUCAGGAACUGUUCUGCACCACCUCAACAGUCCAGAAUCCCCAACAAUGAGAAACUAGGGAGACAAAUCACAUGGCCAAACACUCAGCUCUCUCCUACAAGUGUGCAGAACCUUUACAAUAAUCCCAGAAACUCUCAGUGUCCCAGCAAGGAUGUUCGUCCCCUUCUGAAGCCCAGUAAAAAGAUGUUCCAGAUCACUGCAAAUGUGGGAGCUGCAGGUGACCCAAGGGCAUCCAUGGGCAGCUACUCGCAGGCCUAUGGAACCAUCAGUAAAUCUGCACUGCAAAGCCUUCCAAUAGCAAAGGCCUCCAAGAACCCUGAGCAGUGACUGGAGAUGGUCCAGACAGGUGGAGCACAGCUCAUCCCUCAGCCCUGACAGGGCAAGAGCAGCAGGGGAGAGCACUCCAGGAGGAAAUGCUUUAUUCACUACUCAGGACCAUGUCCUCCUCUGCUCUGGACAAGCUCAUGGGAAAGGGAAUCCCACUCCUCUGCCUUCCAGUCUCAGCAGGCAAGGACUCAGCGUGUCUGCUCUCACACCAUGAGAGCAGUGAACGCUGCCACUUCACACUCAUUGUUUGAAUUACUGCAAAAACCACAGAAAACUGCAUUGUUCUGAUACUGGAGUGGUUUUUAGACAUAUUCAGGGUCCAGGGGAACCUCCUGAAGUUCAACAAGGCCUAGUGCAAGGCCAAGAAAAUACUCUGAAGGCUUGAGUCCUUCUGCUCUGGAGAUAGGCUGGGAGAACUGGAGGUGUCGAGCCUAGAGGAAAGAAGGCUCCAGGAACACCUCAGAGCCCCUUAAAGGGGCUCCAGGAGAGCUGGAGAGAGACUUUGGACAGGGGCCUGGAGUGACAGGACAAGG